AUGGAUUACCUUGACGCAGAAAAGGUUGUGCGGUCUGACGCCAUCGAAGCUCUGCAUUCGUUUGAUUAUCUAAAUGAAAUGCCGGGAUAUAUCAGACAGCCACCCUCUGUCCGCCACACUGCAAGAAAAUCGUAUGCCUUCGAGAAUAUUAUCGUUUGUGCCGGCGGCCGUCGUGAUUCGACCUCGGCAUCGCUGAUGGACAACGCAGAAUACUUCAACCCGCGGACUUCAAAGUGGAAAUGUUUAGCACGAUUACCGGAUAGCGCUGCCAAAGGUGGUUUGGCCAUCAUUAACAACGUCCUGUUCCUGUGCGGUGGCAUUAUCGGUCAACAGGACACGGAUGUGACAAUAGCUACCGAUUUGGCAUUCUGCUACCAGCCGACUUCGGAUAUCUGGAUUGAGCUGCCCAAGAUGCCUACGGCGCGCUACCGCGCUUCAGCCUGCGUCGGUUCUGAUGGAUGGAUUUACGUGAUUGGCAGAUGUGCCGGCAGUCCUGUGACCGCUUUAAGCUGUGUCGAGGCUUUUCAUCCGCGGACUAAACGAUGGGCCAAGAAAUGUGCAGUGAGUCGCCCGGCAUAUUCCUCCAAAGCGUGCUGCUACGGAGAUAAAAUCUACGUCCUGGGUGGUUAUUCCAGGAUUACUCAGAAAGUUAUGGAAGUUUACGACGUAUUCGCCAAUACGUGGGUGACCAUGGAAAGUCAGAUGGCAACUCCAAGGUGGGGCAUGUGCUGCGCUGCGGAUAUCCCAAAGGACAGCGGCGAGCAGCUUUAA